UCUGCCUACAAAAAGACGCCAUUACUAUUUCUCUCUCCUUCCAGUCUAAUCUAUAAGGACUGUGGUGCAUUGCGCCGUGCCAUCCGGGAAUCUGUAGUUUGACGUUGUGGACAUUUUUUUUGCUAUCCAAAACACCAACAGAAUUUGUUUAUCAUCGUCCUCGGUUAGAUAUUUUUCUCCACAAAUAACAUCUGCUCGACAGAUUUUGUCGAAGAUCACGACAGCACCCUUGACCAUGGCGUCCAAAAUAAACGAAGCCCAUGAACACAUCGCUAAAGCGGAGAAAAAUUUAAAGACAAGCAUGACAAAAUGGAAGCCAGAUUUUGACAGUGCUGCAUCAGAAUAUGCCAAAGCUGCGGUGUGCUUCAAGAAUGCCAAACAGUUUGAGCAAGCUAAGGAUGCCUACCUGAAGGAGGCAGAGUACCACACAGAAAACAAAGCGUUGUUUCAUGCAGCAAAAGCAAUCGAACAAGCAGGUAUGAUGAUGAAGGACUUGAAGAAGAUGCCUGAGGCGAUCCAGUACAUAGAGAAGGCCAGUAUGAUCUACGUAGAGAACGGUACUCCAGACACCGCUGCCAUGGCUCUGGACAGGGCCGGGAAACUUAUCGAGCCUGUGAGUUUAGAGAAAGCUGUGGACUUGUAUCAACAGGCGGCGGGUGUGUUUGAGAAUGAGGACCGCUUACGUCAGUCAGCUGAGCUCCUGGGGAAAGCUUCCAGACUGCUGGUCAGAUUACGCAGACUGGAUGAAGCGGCAACCGCCCUCCAAAAAGAGAAGAACAUGUAUAAAGAUAUAGAGAAUUAUCCCACUUGCUUUAAGAAAACAACAGCACAGGUUCUGGUUCAUCUUCACAGAAAUGACUUUGUGGCUGCAGACAAGUGUGUCAGAGAGAGUUACAGCCUCCCAGGCUACAGUGGGAGUGAAGACUGCGUGGCUAUGGAGACGUUACUGCAGGGAUAUGACGAGCAGGACGAGGACCAGGUGCAUCGCGUGUGUAACUCUGCUCUGCUGAAGUACAUGGACAAUGACUAUGCCAAGCUGGCCAUCUCCCUGAAGGUUCCUGGAGGAGGAGCGAAGAAGAAGACUGCAAAGCCACCACAGGGGGGCGCCGGAGCACCCGCUGCCUCCGCUGAGGAUGACGAUGACUACGAGGGAGGGCUGUGUUAGCCGCACAUAAGAAAACACUGACCGCUAAAUACACCCGACGCUAAACACACCAGGAAGUCCUGCUCAUUGAGGUGAAACUCUCAGAAUAUGUUGCUCCCCCUCCUGAACUAGACCCCAAUAUGUUGCUCCCCCUCUGAACUAGACCCCAAUAUGUUGCUCCCCCUCUGAACUAGACCCCAAUAUGUUGCUCCCCCUCUGAACUAGACCCCAAUAUGUUGCUCCCCCCCUGAACUAGACCCCAAUAUGUUGCUCCCCCCCUGAACUAGACCCCAAUAUGUUGCUCCCCCCCUGAACUAGACCCCAAUAUGUUGCUCCCCCCCUGAACUAGACCCCAAUAUGUUGCUCCCCUCUGAACUAGACCCCAAUAUGUUGCUCCCCUCUGAACUAGACCCCAAUAUGUUGCUCCCCCCUGAACUAGACCCCAAUAUGUUGCUCCCCCUCUGAACUAGACCCCAAUAUGUUGCUCCCCUCUGAACUAGACCCCAAUAUGUUGCUCCCCUCCUGAACUAGACCCCAAUAUGUUGCUCCCCUCCUGAACUAGACCCCAAUAUGUUGCUCCCCCCUGUACUAGACCCCAAUAUGUUGCUCCCCUCCUGAACUAGACCCCAAUAUGUUGCUCCCCUCUGAACUAGACCCCAAUAUGUUGCUCCCCUCUGAACUAGAUCCCAAUAUGUUGCUCCCCCCUGAACUAGACCCCAAUAUGUUGCUCCCCCCUGAACUAGACCCCAAUAUGUUGCUCCCCCCUGAACUAGACCCCAAUAUGUUGCUCCCCCCCUGAACUAGACCCCAAUAUGUUGCUCCCCUCCUGAACUAGACCCCAAUAUGUUGCUCCCCUCCUGAACUAGACCCCAAUAUGUUGCUCCCCUCCUGAACUAGACCCCAAUAUGUUGCUCCCCUCCUGAACUAGACCCCAAUAUGUUGCUCCCCUCCUGAACUAGACCCCAAUAUGUUGCUCCCCUCCUGAACUAGACCCCAAUAUGUUGCUCCCCUCUGAACUAGACCCCCAUAUGUUGCUCCCCUCCUGAACUAGACCCCAAUAUGUUGCUCCCCUCUGAACUAGACCCCCAUAUGUUGCUCCCCUCCUGAACUAGACCCCAAUAUGUUGCUCCCCUCCUGAACUAGACCCCCAUAUGUUGCUCCCCUCCUGAACUAGACCCCAAUAUGUUGCUCCCCUCCUGAACUAGACCCCAAUAUGUUGCUCCCCUCUGAACUAGACCCCAAUAUGUUGCUCCCCUCUGAACUAGACCCCAAUAUGUUGCUCCCCCCUGAACUAGACCCCAAUAUGUUGCUCCCCCCUGAACUAGACCCCAAUAUGUUGCUCCCCUCUGAACUAGACCCCCAUAUGUUGCUCCCCUCCUGAACUAGACCCCAAUAUGUUGCUCCCCUCCUGAACUAGACCCCAAUAUGUUGCUCCCCUCCUGAACUAGACCCCAAUAUGUUGCUCCCCUCCUGAACUAGACCCCAAUAUGUUGCUCCCCUCUGAACUAGACCCCAAUAUGUUGCUCCCCCUGAACUAGACCCCAAUAUGUUGCUCCCCUCCUGAACUAGACCCCAAUAUGUUGCUCCCCUCUGAACUAGACCCCCAUAUGUUGCUCCCCUCCUGAACUAGACCCCAAUAUGUUGCUCCCCUCCUGAACUAGGUGUCUAAUUCCCUCCAUUCCCCUCAGUGUGAAAUAUGUCGAUAUCAGCAAAGUAUACUCAUCAUAUGUGUGGGUCCAACAUCUUUUAAUGUGUUUACAUCAAACAUACUCUCCUUUUCCCCAAAAAAACUAGAUUAAAUUCCAAGUUGUCAUAAAAAUGAUAGUUUUGACUAGAUCUAUAUCUAUACUAUAGAUAGUAUACUUUGUCUACAGUUUUAUUCAGUGUGACGACGACAUUUCACCUGUGUGUUUUUAAGAUGUCCUAUUGAACAUAAAUUCCAUGUUGUAAAUGUUCUUAUUUUGUUGAUCAUGAAUUCUCUUAACUGUAAAUCAGGGUUUUCAAACAUAUUUUGGACCAACGAGCCGCAUUCGUUUCUUCAGCGAGAUCCGGAGGGCUGCACUUUAGAAUUGGUUAUAUUUGCAAAAAUGUCUACCGUCCAUCGCUUUUGGAUAUUCGAUGCUCCCUGACUGUCUAGCUUUUUUGUUUUUGAUUACUGUUAGCACGUUGGACAGAGUAAAGAGA